CUGCGCCACCGCGCACCCCGAAAUCCUAAUGGAUUUUAUUCUUAAAAAAGUCCAAAAUAUCUCAGACUUUGUUCAGUGGAGUGGAACCCUAAAGAAAAACCUUCAUAAUAUCUACUUUUUAAAAAUUAAACAUAUAAACAAACACCAAAGUGCGUGUGUGUGUGUGUGUGUGUGUCCGUCCGUCCUUCCCAACUCUGUGCAGUUUGAAUGAAUCUGUCUCAGGUCCAGGGCUCGUGGUAAAGUUCCAUCAUUGACGUCAGUGGAGCCGCGCGCCGGGCGGGUAUAUAAGCACUGAGAGAUCAGCGCUCCGGGCUCAGUCUCAGUGCGAUCAGAGUCGCUGAGCUCCGGAGCCACUGACCACCAGCGGAGCCACUGACCACCGGACGGGAGUGACCAACACUCUGCGCUCCAGCGAAGGACACAGACGCCCCCCGGCCCGUGCUCCCACCAUGAAGCCCCUUCCCCUGCUCCUCCUGCUCGCCACCGUCCUCGCGAGCACCCGCAUCCGCCCGAGCGCCGCUCGCCCCCGCGACUCGCGCGUCUUCUUCGACGGCCACGGGUUCGAGUCGCGGCUGGACGACGCGCUCCUCAAGGCUGGAGACGACGCGCUCUCCUACCUCAUAGGGGCGGAGGUGCUCCGAUACCUGCGGAGCCACCCGGCCUUCCACGGCGCUCUGCUCAGGGUCCCCGCGGCGCGUGCGCGGCAGGGGGUCGCGGCGGCGCUCGGGCGCGCGGCGCGCGGGGACGAGGAAGGAUACGGGGACGGGGACGAGGACGGGGCGCUUGCGCCCCAGGAGCUCGUGGACGUGUCGAGGAGGAGCGACGACCCCCCGAUCUCCAUCGACCUCACGUUCCACCUGCUGAGAAACAUGAUCGAAAUGGCGAGAAUCGAGAGCCAGAAGGAGCAGGCGGAACUGAACCGCAAGUACUUAGACGAGGUGGGCAAGUGAGGCUCGAGCCCCACGGAGUCC